CGAGUCCGGUGCUUAGGGUUCUCGCGAACAGUUGCGAUCGGAAGAGAGAAAAAAAUGGCGAUGCGGAGGUUCUACAACGAGAUUAAGGGGCUGAAGGUGAAGGAGGUCCCUGACCACGUGAAGCCGAUGCUCUCCCUCGAUUUCGUGAAGAAAUCUCUGCAGAAAGGAUUGGACAAUUACCACGCCAAGUACAUCCAGACCAGCUCCAUCGACCCGCUAUACCACGUCUGCUUCGGCGGGAUGAUCUUCUCUUAUCUCGUCGCCCUCCCGGAAGAGCGCCGCCAUUUGGAGCACCAGCAGCAUGCCAAAGAGCACGGCGGUCACUGAUCUUUUCCUUCGAUUUUCUGCAAUUCAGGUUGUGUACUAUUCGUUCUUUUUGUUUUCCCGUGAAAGAUGGUGGGCAUUCGUUGGCAAUAUUCAUGAGUUGUAUUCAGUGGCGGAGCCACUUGGAGAGGAGGGGUGCUUUGCACCCCCUUGGGUUUGGAGAAAUUUUUUUCGAGUAGGGGUAUAUACAAAUUCGAACCAAUGACCAUUCAGUUGCAGGAAGAAUUUCUUAUCAUUUCGAUCGAGUGAGUUUUGUUAUGUAAUGCACUUUCGUCUUUAUUUAUAGUAAUAAAUUGUUGUCUUUUGUUUAAACUCGCUCAUUUUUUUUUUUGUAGCUCUACAACAGAGAAAUUUCUUGUCUUUUGUUUAAACAAAGUUGAAAGUGAAGAAGUACCAAUCGAAGUUCACUUGUUUGUUUCACAAAAUCAAUUCCAAGGUACUUCUCAGUUGUAAUUUGUAAUAUUUGAUGAAUGUAAGUCUUGAUUUGUAUGUACUGAACUUAUUUGUUUGACGUUGUAACCGGUGUACGUGAAACUAUUUUAAUGUAAUUGUGUGACUUUAGAGUAUUGCGUUGUUGACUUUUUGUUUAAUUUAAAGUUGAUUUUUCUAUUGUAUAGGUGAUUUUUUAUGAUAUGAUAAAGACACCCCCUUAGCCAAUUUCCUGGCUCCGCCACUGGUUGUAUUAGUAUAUAUGAUCUGUUUGUCCGCGAAUCAUUUGCAUGAAAGCAAUCGGUGCGGUAGUCUUUUGGUGGUUGUUGUUUGCAUCUGGGCGAGAUUUGAUUUACCCUUUAGAUCGUGAAUUGUACAUCAAUGAAAUAUGUGUUGAUUUUACUGCUCAAUUGGUGUACUUGAUUGAUUCAAUCGGGCUACUGCCUACUAUUAUACCUCGGGAGUUUGUUCGUCUUGAAUUGGGGAAUUCAGUAGUUUGUUAAUGCUCAUUGGGGAUCAGCAAAUGCUCAUCUAUCUUUUCCCCUUGGUAAGUGAUGUCUGUUGUAUGAUUCUCCGAUGGUUGAGAAUGUGGUCUUAUGUGUGUGCGAGCAAAUUAUCUCCAUUUUUCGUGUUUCCUUUCAAUAUCUAAACUUUGAAUCUUUAGAGCUGGGUUCUUUUGACUGAAUAUUGGGACAUCUCAUAACUCUAGUUGGUGAUAGAGGUGAGAAGGAAAAAUGGAUCAUUGUGUCCAUGGUUGUCUGCUUGUUUAUGUGUACUUACUACAGAGAGAUGUCGUUUAGAAUUUAUGCCUGUGAUGUGAAACCCUGAAGAAGUCGCUGAAUUUGUUGUGCACUUAAGUCAGGAGCCAUUUCGAGAGAUAAAUAUAUUCCACGGUCCUCUGAGUUUGUGUUGUGUUUUGCACGUUUUGUUGAACAAGAGGAAUUAAUAGGGAAUCCUGACUAUGAUUGAGCAUGGAUCCUGAGGUCCUUUCUCUCUGUUCUGGGUGGUUAUCUGAUUCUUUUGGGUUUAUUCUUAUCUUGUUAUUUCUGUGUUUCAUCUUAUUGUGCUCUUGUUUGGUGAGUACAACACCAAAGUAGAAGCGCAUAGCCACUAUAGGAAGUCUUCGAAUUGGCUAUGAUUUCUUCGAAUAAGAGCUUUUGUUAGCCUAUAUGUACUCGUUGGUUGCUAUCCAAUAUGGCAGGUGCGUGUUUGCCAACAGAACUUGGACAUCCAUAGUAUGACUGGUAGACUUAUUUGUUGUACUCUAUUUGUUUGCUUAUUAUCCACUAGCGAUCUAUGCUGCUGGUUGCUAUGCUUGCUUCUGUGAAUCUAUAAACAUUGAUACAUGGUUAUUGUUCAUGCAGGAUUUGGUGGGGAGAAUGGGUUGAGACGCGGUGUUUGUGAAGGUUGUUAUUUGGUAAUUUUGGAGUUUGUAGGCUGGAAAGAGAUACAGCUACCAUUUGGCUAAUGACGGCUAUAUGAAGUCAUGAAAUAAAAUACAUUUGAACUUGUUAUUGCCUUUGAUUCUCCAGUACUAUGCAAAUCAAGUGCUACCAAGGGAAACAUUACUGUUUUCAUAUUUUUGCUUCUGUUUACUGCUAUCGCUACUUUUGUCAUGAAUUGGGAACUUAGAUUGUACAUUUUGGCUGUGCCAAGUCUUUCCAAUGUGGGCUCUUUCUGUUUCUUAUGGUGCUUCCAAAACUAUGGUGGUAGUGGGAUGGCUCGCAACGUGGUUCACCUGAUGCUAAAUAAUCCAGUUUUGAAGUGUGUUUUCCCUUUGAAGAGUGAGGCUGAUUACAAAAGCGGCUUCGAUGAUUAAGAGCUAAGUUGGAUUAUCAUGGAACUUCAACAAAGUUAUAUUUGAGGUGCCAAGUCAACUUUAAGGUGGCUGGAUGACUUCAUAGGGAAGUGGUGGAUAAUGGCAUAAUGCAUGAGAUAGAUCUUGUGGUACCUUGAGGUGCCAUGGCAAUUCUUAGGUGGUAGGUUGAAUUGAAAAUAUGAGGGAAGUAGGAAGAAAAUGAAUAGAUUUUGUGAAU